CGAUGUAUAUACCUUGACAGCUUGGUGUGCUGGUGUAAGACUAUACUCGAACAGAAUCAGUUCUAUAGUAUAAUCUCCUCUGUCUGUACUACACAAGUCAGACAACCCUUCCAACUUUGGUGACGAGAAGAGGUCCAGUCACGGAAACGUGACAUAUGCACUUCCUUCCUAUUCCGAGCCCUUCGGAGCCCGGUGGAAGAGUGCUGGAAGACCGUCCCCCUCAGGAGUGCCCUCGUGGCCGAUGAAGGGGUAUUCCCUAACCAUCACUACGGCCUUCGUGCCUGUCAGACAGCCACUGCACACGCAUCAGCCGAAAGACCUGCAACCAAAGGCGUAUAAGAGCUUGGCUGCCAACAGCAACUGGUUUACCUCCGUGUUGUCUAAAAACAACGGGUCGAAGGGGAAAUCUGCUGCUGAUGCUGCAGCGGUGGCGGCUUUGAAGCAAGACCUUUACGCAGUAGCGAAGAACAAGGACAACGGACUCAAAGCCACGGAAAGCGACAAGGCGAAGAUCUUGUCGCUUGCGUCGGAGCUGAUCAAACGUAACCCGACCAAAAAUAUUGCCACCAGUGAUAAGGUGGACGGGACGUGGCGCCUGGUCUAUACUAGCACCUCGGGAGGUUCAGCAGGCAAGCUCGGCCCUUUCGUGGGUCAGGUGCUGCAAAAGAUCGACACGGCCGGAGGAGACUACGUGAAUUUCGUGCGUCUUUUCGGUGGACUUGUGGAGGGUGCCCUGGUGGCGACUUGGGAGGUGAAGGGCGCAAACGAGUGGAAGGUCAUCUUCCAAGACAUCACGUUCCGGGUGUUUGGCAUCCCACUUGUGGACAAGAAGCCUCUGUCAGGGCAGGCAGGGCAAUGGAAGCUCACGUAUGUAGAUGAGGAUCUACGAAUUUUGACGGCGGCAGCUUUGACCAAUGAGGGUAAGCCGGCCAAAGUUUCCAAUAUCUACGUGCUACGGCGGGUCUGA